GCCUGUUUUCAUGGUAAUAAAAUAAAAAAAUUCUUUUCAACAAUAAAAAAAAAAUUAGGAAAGAUCUGGAAUGCCAGUUCCGAGGCACGAGCAUGGAUUCUCGGGACGACGCGGGAAGAAAAGCAUGAAAUGAUAUGAAAUGAAGUGACCCUUCACUCGCUAUCGACGCUUCGUUUCCCCAACGGGCUCCACCAUUGCCUCCGCUUCUCAUCGGCCGCGGAGCUGCUUCUUCUCCUCCCAAUAUAAAAUGCUAAAGCAAAAACCGAACCAAAAAAAGGGGAAAAGUUCACCGACUGUUCUUUGUUGUUCUGUCCUUUACGAAAGCUUUGACAUGGCAUUACCUUCUGGAUCUUUUGAGAAGAAGCGAGAACUCUCUGAUGUUGUUCUUAAGUGGUCAAUAGAUGAUGUGCUCAACGAAGAUCUUCUCAAACAUAAGAUCAAGAAAAUACCUGUGACAUUCGUGUCUGUGAAUCAUUACUUCGCGUCAUUCAGAUACCCGUUCAUUGAGGAGACGAGGGCUCAAUUCGCCUCUUGCUUGAAUUCUAUUGCUGAUUCUCCUCGUAUAGAUGUAAAUAUUGAGAAAGCCUGCAACCAAAUGGAGUUUGCACCCAAUAAUCUUGUUGGGUUUAGAUGGUCUAGUGGCAGCAUGGUGGGCCGGAAGGCUUAUACACCAAGGGAAGGUGAUAUUGUUCUAUUGACAAUUAUGGUGCCAAAAGAUGUUUCAGAGUUGAAGAAGUUAGGUGCAUUCAAUUGCUUGGCUUUUGUUAGUGAGGUUGAAAAAUAUGAGGAGAGGCAUUUCAUGGCAAGAUUAGGUGCAUUUAUGGGUUCUACAGUUAAGACCACCGAUUUGUCAUUUGUUGCAAUCUUUUUGUUGAAUAUUGCAAAUAAGAGCCAAGUUUGGAAUGCCAUGAAUGUAGAUGUUGAUGAUCCGAACGCUAAUUUGAACUUGAUCAAACGGAUUCUGCACGCUGAUGGUUUGGUUGCAAAGGCUUGUCCAUGUUCUCUACAUGCGGAAAAUACUCUCAGUGAAAAUCUGCUGCAGAAGAUUCAGCCUGUUGAGCUCAAUGAAUCACAGAUUAAAGCCAUAUGCCAUGCGCUUUCUACCAUCAGAUGCUGUGAUUCAUUUUCUAUAAAUAGAAUAUCCGGAUAUCCUGGUACUGGUAAAACCGAAAUUAUCAGUAUAAUUUGUUGGAUCGCAUUGCAAAGGAAAAUUAAAGUUGUUGUCUGUGCACCAACCACAUUUUCUACUUUUGAGGUUGUCCAACGUCUUUUGAAGCUCAUUGAGCAGUGUAGUAGCAAUGCAUCUGAAGGAAUGUUUCCUGGAUGGCCGUUGUCAGAUGUUGUAGUAUUAGGAGAUGAACAUGCUGAAAAGCUUUAUACUUCUCAUGGCUUUACUGAUAUACUCUUGGAGGAUCGUCUUAUCCUUCUAGAACCAUGCUUUUCAACUGCCAGUGGGUGGAAGAAGCAUAUGUCUUUAAUGAUUGAUCUUUUAGAAAAGUUUUGCUCAAAGUAUGAUAUAUUAUUAGAAAAUGAGCAUAAUGACUUUUUGACCGGUUAUCUGGAGAUACUGAAAGGCCGAUUUGCUUCUGUUGCAUUUCCAUUUAAGGAUUGCAUGCAGUUGUUGCUGAAAUAUCUUCCACAUACCUUAUUUUCAGUUUCAGAGUUGAAGAAUUUAUCUUCUCUGGUGAAUCUGAUAGAUUCGAUGUGGAGUAUCCUGUGUGAUGAUUUGGUAAAACAUGAACUGGUGAAGCUCUUUACUGGAAAGGAAGUAGAGGAAAGAGACUUGGAAAAGAAUGGUUGGACACUUAGCAGAGCAAGAGAUUACCUCCUUGAGAUUCUGAAUGUUCUAAUUGAUACACUGAGGUUACCAGUUACUGCAGGAAAACGAUCCAUUGAGCAUCUCUUACUGAAACAAGCUGGUCUCAUUUUGUGUCCAGUACCUCAGUCACCUAAACUGAAAUCGAUGGGCAGUAUAGGCCCCUUUGACCUAUUAAUAGUUGAUAGGGCUGGUGAGGUUAAUGAAUGUGAAUUACUUCUACCACUUCAACUCCACGGAUUGCAACACACAACUCUUGUUGGUGGGGAUUGUUCUUUACCUGCAAUUGUUGUAAGCAAGAAUUUACAUAGCAUUGGCUACAAGCGGAGCCUACUUGAAAGAAUAAGCUACUUGUGUAAGCCAGAUUGCACUUUAGAGGUACAAUACAGGAUGCAUCCGGAAAUAAGUUAUUUCCCAAAUAAGAAGCUUUUCAACUGGAAGCUUGUAGAUAGUCCAAAAACUUUGGAUGGAAAUAUCAACAAUCUUAGUCUUCCAGAUUGUAUUUCUGCUCCAUUCUCAUUUCUGGAUGUUUCUGAUGGACAAGAAUCAUUUGAUGGACAAGAUGAAGGAUGGAAAAAUUUGAUUGAAGCAGCUGUUAUAUGCAAAAUUGUUAUGAGUCUUCUUAAAGCAUGGAGGUGUUCUAGAUCAAGUUUAAGUGUUGGUGUUAUUUGUCCGUAUAGUGCUCAAGCUCACACUAUUCAGGCAAUGCUGUCAAAUAAAUAUGAGAUAGAAUGUGGUUUUCUCUUCUGGGUAAGUUCCUGCAAUGAGUUAAAAAGCAGCGAAGAAGAUGUGAUAAUCAUAUCAACUGUCAGAAGUAAUGAACAUGGCUCUGUUGGCUUAUGGUCCGAUCAUCAAAUCACUAACUAUUGUUUAACACGGGCCAGGAAAUUUCUUUGGAUUGCUGGAAAUGCACAAACAUUGAAAAGCAGUCAUUCUGUGUGGCAAGAACUGGUCCAUGAUGCCGAAGAACGUGGUCUCUUUGUGAAAGUUGCCGAGCAUAAUUUUUUUUUCAACACUAUAACUAAUGUCAAAGAUGAGCUUAAACAGCUUGAUGAGUUGCAAAAUUUGGAAUCUGCACGUUUUAAUGGCUUAAAGUGGAAGGUUCUAGUUAGUGAUGACUUCAAAAGGUCAUUUGUUGGACUACAGGAUAGUUUGACGAAACAGAUAAUAAUUGGACUUCUGUGGAGGCUAGCUUGUGGUUGGCGUCCAAAGCAUAAAAGUCUAUACUUCUCUAAGUUUGUGAAACAUUUCAGGGUUCAUAGUCUAUCUUUGAUAUGUACAACUGAUAUCAUUAAAGAAUCAGAAUAUAUCCAAGUAAUGAAGGUCUGGGAUGUGCUAACUCUUACAGAAGUUCCAAAGCUCCAUCAACGUCUUGAGCGCAUGAUGUCUUCAUUUAGUGAUUGUUAUGUUAAGUGCUGCAUGAUGGAGAAGAUUGAGGGGAAACUUGUGUUACCCAUGACUUGGGCGAUCUGUCCUGCUUCUUUCCUAAACAAUGAACCAUUACUUUAUACUAAUGGUAUACAAAGCAGAUUGGAGGCAUCAGGUGAUGUCACUAGCAAGGGUAAAGAUAGUGAGGAGGUUAUGCUGAUGAAAUUCUAUGCUUUAUCUUCUGGAGCUGUGAAACAUUUGCUUACUGCCCCAGACGGACAGCAAAUUGAGCUUCCAUUUGAACUUAAUGAUCUUGAAGCUAAAGUAGUCACAUUCUCAGACAGUGCUUUUGUACUUGGUCGUUCUGGAACUGGAAAAACUCUCGUAUUGGUAACAAAACUGAUUCAGAGGCAGCAACACUAUAUUCUUGCACUGCAGGGUUUAUCUAGACAAGAGGUUCAAUUAUCUAGCAGUUCUCAUGAUUCUGAAGAAGGUACAACUGAUGCAGUUCCUCAUGUGAACACACUGCACCAGAUAUUUUUGACAAUGAAUCCUAUUCUUUGUUCUGCUGUGAAGACUUGCAUUUCACAGCUUAGAAGGUAUGCUGCUGGUGAGGAAGCUACUAAAAGGUUGAAGUUCAUUGAAGCACAUGGGGUCAGUGAAAACUUAAGUAGGUUUUCAGAAAUUCCUAAUAGCUUCAUGGAGAUCUCAGAGAGCCAUUUUCCUCUUGUCAUUUCACUUCACAAUUUUUUGAUCAUUCUUGAUGGAAGCAUGAAGAACUCAUUCUUUGAUAAAUUUUCUGAUGUAAAGGCGAUUACUGGUGGGAAAAGAACUGUGAUGUCUCACGUCCUGUGUCAACUUAUCACGGUUAAAGAAAUUGACUAUGAUCAUUUUGUUUCUUCUUAUUGGCCUCGUUUUGACAAAAAUCUUACCAGGAAAUUGGAACCAUCGUUGGUGUUCUCUGAGAUCAUCUACUGUAUAAAAGGAGGAAUGGGUACCGGAAGGACUUCAAUUUACAAAAACAUGGAUGAGGACGAGUAUACUGCGCUAUCUGAGAAUCGGCGCUCUUCAGUAAGCAAAGAUAAGAGAAAAAUGAUAUAUAAAAUAUUUAUGAGUUAUGAGAAGGAAAAAGAGAAAUGUGAGGAAUAUGACAUUUCUGAUUUAGUGAAUGAUCUUCAUUUUCGAUUAUUUGUUUAUAGAUAUGAGGGCCGCAAGAUGGAUUAUUUAUACGUAGAUGAAGUUCAAGAUUUUACAAUGAAGCAGAUUUGCUUGUUCAAACACCUUUGUGUGAAUUUCCAGAGUGGAUUUAUGCUUUCUGGAGACACUGCACAGGCUCUGGUUAAUGAUUUUAGAUUUGAAGAUAUUAAAUGCUUAUUCUAUAAAGAGUUUCUCCUUGGGUUGGGAUCUGUUCCUGAACUUUUUCUGUUGAGCACUAAUUUCCGGACCCAUGCCGGUAUUUUGAAAUUAGCAGAAAGCAUAUUAGAUCUGUUGCACCAUUUCUUUCCUUUAUUAGUUGAUCGUCUUGUUUCAGAAAAAAGUAUGACACACGGAGAGGCUCCUGUAUUACUAGAAUCUGAAAAUGAGACUGAUGUGCUAGAUACUAUCUUUGGCACUAAUGAAACAAUCGACCAUAUCCCAUUUCAAUUUGGAGCUGAACAAGUAAUUUUGGUACGUGAUAAACAUACUAAAGAGAAGCUUGUUUGUCGUAUCGGUAACAAAGCUCUGGUCUUGACCAUUAAGGACUGCAAAGGGCUGGAAUUUCAGGAUGUUCUUCUAUUUAAUUUCUUUGAGGAGUCACCUUUGAAGUGCCAAUGGAGGGUAGUUUAUGAGUUCAUGGACGAUCAAAAAUUAGCAAACCCUUGCUUGCCCAAGUAUCCAUGUUUUGACCAAGAUAAACAUCAUAUUCUGUUCACGGAACUGAAACAGUUGUAUGUUGCUGUUACACGUACUAAAAGAAGAUUGUGGAUCUAUGAAAGUAGACAAGACUUUGGGGGGCCAAUUUUCAACUACUGGAAGAUGUUGGGUCUUGUGCAGGUGGAGAGAUUGGAUUCAUCAUUUGUCAGGAAAAUGGAAGUGUAUUGUAAAAUAGAAGAGUGGGAUGCCCGUGGCGAGAAGUUCUUUAAUGAUGGCAAUUAUGAGAUGGCGAUACUGUGUUUCAAACGAUCUGGAGAUGUAUAUAUGGAGAACUGGUCAAAGGCAGCAUUACUUCAAGCUGAUGGUCGUUCUAAGCUUCAUGUGAAUUUCCAGCUGGCAUUAGAUUCACUAUCAAAGGCUGCUGACAUUUAUGAGAGCAUUGGAAAGAUGGAAUUAUCUGCAUCUUCCAUCAUGGAGUCACGCGAAUAUACAAAAGCAGGAAUGAUUUAUUUACACAAAUGUCAUGAACCGAGGUUUGAAGAUGCUGGUGACUGUUUUGCAUUGGCUGGUUCUUGGUCUGAAGCAGCCAAAGUCUAUGCUCAAGGACAACAUCUGUCAAAAUGCUUGUCAGCUUGUCGUCAAGCACUGCAGUUUGACUUGGGAUUUCAAUUUCUUCGUGAAUGGCCGGUUAUGGUGCCCGGAGAUGAUUGGAUUGAUUAUAUGAAGGGCACUAUCUCAGAUUAUCAUAAGUUACAGGACAUUGAUUCCCUGGAGAAGUUUGUCAGGGCUUUUCCAACAGAUGCAUUGGGUUUACUAUUGAAGUCUGAUUAUUAUGAGGAAGCUUCAGUUGUUGCAAAUUUGAAAGGAGACAUUAUGCUUGAAGCUGAUAUGCUGCGUAUAGCUAAACAUUAUGAAAAAUCUGCCGAUUUGGUGCUCUUUUAUGCUACAGGGAAGAUGCUUUGGACGGAAGGAAAUAAAGGUUGGCCUUUAAAGUGCUUCAAUGAACUACAGCAGGUUUUAGAAAAAGCCAGAUCUCUAUACAUGUCAGUGUCAAAUGAUUUCAAGGCCUAUAUUUCGGCUGAAGCUGAUUUUCUGUCAGACCAAAGUGCUAGCCUUACCUCCUUUGCUAGGCAUAUUAACAAUGCUAAGACUUCCCGGAAUAUAUGCGUAGAAACUUUUGCUGCUCGGAAAUAUCUAGACAUUUGUCUUCAGACGAGUGCCUCUGAGUAUUAUCAGGAAUCUGAUGUUGCCCUUUGGAGAUACAGAGGUUGCAGUGUGCAAGACAUGUUUAGUUAUGUUUCCAUUCAAAGUCUCAUGUUCUCUUGGAAUUCAUGGGUUAAAAGGGUAAAAGGUGUUCUGUCUUACUUCCACUCCAUUGGAACUCCAGAAGUGAGCAAAUAUACUAAAUAUGAAAAAUUCUGUCUGAAGUUCUUUGGUGUCCUCAAAUCAGAUAUUGAAGGAAUUUAUAUUUCUUCUAAUGCCCGAGCAUCAUGGAUUCGGUGGACAGAUGAAAAGCAUCUCCGUGUUUUAGACAAUGUUGCAUAUAUGAGUGACUUGGUGUUCAAUUGCCUCGCUGAGAAAUAUUGGGCAUCUGAAGUAAUUUCUGUUGGAGCAUCAUUGCUGAAAAAAUUGCAAGAGCUUCAUAGCCACCUUUUUCGACAUUCUAGUAUGGUCCAGCGAGGCCUUAUUGCACACUACUACUACAUGGUACUGAAUUGUCUCAAGGAACAUGGCUUUCCAGGAUUAGAAUGUGAAUCUAAAAGGUUCUACGAAAGUUUGACCAAUUUUGAUGCAUUUCUAUGCCGCACUUUUUUCCCUCUAGACUUCUCAAGGAUUUUGGAGCAGAUUGAAUCGUCUACACAAGGUACAAACACCUCGUUAAUUACUGCAGUUCUUCACAGAAACUUGGGUGUGUUGGAUCAGUUUGGAGCAGCAAAAAUUGGAAGAGUGGUGGUUUUUCUUCUGUCACGGAAACUUAGUUACACAUUGCACCGGACUAUUCGUGGCAUGAUCGGCCGAGAGUUUCCGUGGCAACAUUUUCUUCGAGAGCUAAGUUAUUCUAGAACUGAAGGGUGCCAGCGCACCACUCCUUUAGCAAAAACCUUCCUCCCUUCAUCCAUUUUGGAUCUUCAAAGUCAGCUGCUGCUUCUUGAGAGCAUUCUCUUUUAUGCAUCAUCAUGUCAAAUGGGAAGAGGAUGGUUUAUCACAUCAAGAUCUAGCUUGUCUGCAUUUCUUAAUGCCACAGAAUCUAGAGAUUACUUCCAUGCACUUUCAGUAUCUAGCAUUCAUUCUCUGGAGGAUGUGUACAGAAAUACCACUCCUUUCUAUGACUUCAUAUUGGACACCUCCGGUGAGCUUUUCUCUCUGAGUAAUCUUCGUUGGGCUGCAAUGAAAAGGUUGAGUACUCAAGCAUUGGUGCUGAAGAUGGUUAUAUUGGUGGGCCUUAUCUGUCUGAACUCAGCCAAGCACUUCUUGAAAGUAAGAAAGCUGUUGAAGAGGGUUGCUGGCAUUCUAUCAAUUUUGCCACACCAAUUUCUGAUUAAGUUUUGGAAUUCAAGGAAAGGCCGGGUAACGUCUUUGAAGCUCUUCGGUUCAGUGCUUUCGAGAUCAAUGCAAUCCAUGGGCGACCAAGUAGUGGUGGUUCGCAUGGAUGGCUACAGUGAAUCUUUUGAUCAUUUGAGGCCUUUACACCUGAAACAUAGCGACCUUAAGCGAGGUAAGGCGUAUGCUCAGGCAUUGCUAUUAGGAAUAAACGAGGUUUAACAACUACCAACAUUUUGUAAUUGUUCACAAACUCAUGUUUCAAGGUGAUCUGAAAUUGUUUAAAUUUUACUUCAGCUUUGCAGUUUAUUAUUGUCAUUAAAUAUUUAAACAAGUGCUUGAACUUAUCUCUGAAAUGUUUUUUUUUAAGAGACGAAUGUAUGCCGAAAAAAUUAUCUUAUCCAAAAAAAUUUAAAAAUGUGAAAAGAAACAGGGUUUAA